GAAGGCGCAGCCAGAGCGGACGGAGAAGAAGGAGGAGGGGAGCGGAGGAGCAGGGGGUGGAGGAUGGAGCCCCCGGCUGCCGCGGCGGGCUCGCCCGAGCCUGCGGCGGCGUCCUCUUCCUUCCAGGCCCGGCUCUGGAAGAACCUGCAGCUAGGGGUGGGCAAGAGCAAGGGCGGCUGGGGCGGGCGCGCGGGGGUCCCCGAGCGCCGCACUGCGGACACCGCGUCGCCCUCCCCGCCACCCCCGGGGGGUAGGCAGGACGCACUGGCCGGCUUGGGUGGCGCGGGCAGCAGGUGGAGCGGCUUCAAGAAACGGAAGCAAGUGCUGGACCGCGUCUUUUCCUCCUCCCAGCCCAACCUGUGCUGCUCCUCGCCGGAGCCUCUCGAGCCCGAGGGUGCGAGCAGAGCGGAGCAGGGGUCCACGCUGCGCCGCCGGAUCCGCGAGCAUUUGCUUCCCGCGGGCAGGGGCCCGGUGGCAGCCGCCGGAGCAGCCGGAGUGACGCCUCCUGGCGGACGCUCUCCGGACUCAGCCUGCUCUUCGUCCUCUGCCUCAUCCUCCCUGUCCUCCUCACCCCAGCCGCCCCCGAGGGGGGACCGCGCCCGAGAUGAGGGUGCACGGCGUCGGGGCACCGCGGCGCACUUGUGCCAUCAGAAGAGUUCCUCCCUGCCGGGCACCGCCUGCUUGGAGCAGCUGCUGGAGCCGCCGCCGCCGCCUCGAGCUGAGCCAGCACGGAGCCGAGCAGAGCCGCGAACCGCGAAGGGCGAGGCGCGCGGCAGCAGCCGGAAAAUAAAUACUGCUGGAACCAGUAAUACAGAUGUCCCCUUGGCUGUUCCCGGAAUGUACCAAUUGGACAUUACAUUAAGAAGGGGUCAGAGUUUAGCUGCCCGAGAUCGAGGAGGGACAAGUGAUCCAUACGUGAAGUUUAAAAUUGGAGGAAAAGAAGUUUUUAGAAGUAAAAUAAUACACAAGAGCCUCAAUCCUGUGUGGGAGGAGAAAGCUUGCCUUCUUGUUGAACAUCUUAAGGAACCAUUGUACAUAAAGGUAUUUGACUAUGACUUUGGACUACAGGAUGACUUUAUGGGCUCAGCCUUUCUGGAUCUCACACAAUUGGAGUUAAACAGGCCCACGGAUGUGACCGUCACACUGAAAGAUCCCCACUAUCCUGACCAUGAUCUUGGAAUCAUUUUGCUCUCAGUCGUCCUUACCCCUAAGGAAGGAGAACACAGGGAUGUGACGAUGCUAAUGAGGAAGAGUUGGAAAAGAUCAAGCAAGGAACUCUCAGAAAACGAAGUGGUUGGAUCUUAUUUCUCUGUGAAGUCUUUCUUUUGGAGGACAUGCGGCAGGACUGCUUUUCCUGUCCUGGGCUUCUGCAGAGAUUCAGAAUGCUCAUUACCAAAAUGCACAAAGUGGAUCUCAAACUUCAGUGUGCAUGAGAACCACAUGGGGCACAUGUUGGAGAAACACGUGCAGCUCUGCCCACAAGAACUGAAUCAUAUCCUGGAGGAUCAGUUUCAGACCCAAAGUUUACGUCUGUCAGACGUACACAGAAAACCACAUCUUUGGAGAGGAAUAGUCAGCAUCACAUUGAUUGAGGGGCGAGACCUCAAGGCGAUGGAUUCAAAUGGGUUGAGUGACCCCUAUGUGAAGUUCCGGCUUGGGCAUCAGAAGUACAAGAGCAAGAUUAUGCCAAAAACUUUGAAUCCUCAGUGGAGAGAACAAUUUGAUUUUCAUCUCUAUGAAGAAAGAGGCGGAAUCAUUGAUAUCACUGCAUGGGACAAAGACGCUGGGAAAAGGGAUGACUUUAUUGGCAGGUGCCAGAUCGACCUGUCGGCUCUCAGUAGGGAACAGACACACAAGCUAGAAUUGCAGCUGGAGGAAGGGGAGGGGCACCUGGUGUUGCUGGUCACCCUGACAGCUUCGGCCACAGUCAGCAUCUCUGACCUCUCCAUCAACUCCCUGGAGGACCCAAAAGAACGCGAGGAAAUAUUAAAGAGAUAUAGCCUAUUGCGGAUAUUUCACAACCUGAAAGAUGUGGGAUUCCUCCAGGUGAAAGUGAUCAGAGCAGAAGGGUUAAUGGCCGCUGAUGUCACAGGUAAAAGUGACCCAUUUUGUGUGGUUGAACUGAACAAUGAUAGGCUGCUAACACAUACUGUCUACAAAAAUCUCAAUCCUGAGUGGAACAAAGUCUUCACAUUCAACAUUAAAGAUAUCCAUUCAGUUCUUGAAGUGACAGUUUAUGAUGAAGAUCGGGAUCGAAGUGCUGACUUUCUGGGCAAAGUUGCUAUACCAUUGCUGUCCAUUCAAAAUGGUGAACAGAAAGCCUACGUCUUGAAAAACAAGCAGCUGACAGGGCCAACAAAGGGGGUCAUCUAUCUUGAAAUAGAUGUGAUUUUUAAUGCUGUGAAAGCCAGCUUACGAACAUUAAUACCCAAAGAACAGAAGUACAUUGAAGAGGAAAACAGACUCUCUAAACAGCUGCUACUAAGAAACUUUAUCAGAAUGAAGCGUUGUGUCAUGGUGCUCGUAAAUGCUGCAUACUACAUUAAUAGUUGCUUUGACUGGGAUUCACCCGCAAGGAGCCUCGCUGCUUUUGUGCUCUUUCUCUUUGUUGUCUGGAACUUUGAGCUCUACAUGAUACCAAUGGUUUUGUUGUUACUAUUGACAUGGAACUACUUCUUGAUAAUAUCAGGGAAAGAUAACAGGCAACGUGAUACAGUAGUGGAGGACAUGCUAGAGGACGAGGAAGAAGAAGAUGACAAAGAUGACAAGGACAGCGAAAAAAAGGGAUUUAUAAAUAAAAUCUAUGCCAUCCAGGAAGUAUGUAUCAGUGUCCAGAACAUCCUAGAUGAAGUUGCUUCCUUUGGCGAAAGGAUAAAGAAUACUUUCAACUGGACCAUCCCAUUCUUAAGCUGGCUGGCCAUUGUAGCCCUCUGUGCGUUCACAGUCAUCCUGUACUUCAUUCCGCUGAGAUACAUUGUCCUUGUCUGGGGCAUCAAUAAAUUUACAAAAAAGCUGCGGAGUCCAUAUGCAAUUGAUAAUAAUGAACUACUUGACUUCCUUUCCAGAGUCCCUUCAGAUGUGCAAGUGGUGCAAUACCAAGAACUGAAACCAGAUCCUUCUCAUAGCCCAUGUAAAAGGAAGAAAAACAAUCUUGGCUAGCCAGCUCCCAGCACUGAGGAGACCAGCAUCUGUUUGGGAAGAUAAAAGGAAAAGCCUUCAGCCUGAGCCGCAUUUCCUUUCUUUCUGUUUUUUAUUUAUUUUGCCAUUUUACCAUGAUUGAGAGAAUUUGUAAAUAGUGUACAAAGGCAUAUGUCCUUGAAAAUACACUUCCAUUGUACAGAAUCAAUUUGAUAAAGGUUUAGCUAUUGCUGCGUGAAAGCCUUGUUAGCUGUGGAUAAUAAUAUAACACAUUGGAACAACAAAUGUAAGAAUGGUAACAUUGGGAGAAACACAUUUCUCUAAUUACAAGUGUAAGAACUAGAAUAUUAAAUGCUCAGCUGUGCUCUGAUUAAAUCUACAUAAAAUGUAAAUGUCAAUUUGAUUUUAAAGUUUUUUUUUAAUGUGACUAUUUUUUAUCUAAAAAGUAAUCCAUUACGGUUUUCUAUGUUUUAUACAUUUCAAAAGGGAGGAGGGAUCCCAGAACCUAAAUAAUGGAACAGAUGCAUUACAACUUAACAUAGAUUCGGAUCCUGAUAUUCAUUCCUGUGCAAAUUAUUUAGAUAUGACUAGGCUGACUUUAAGCUAAUGAGUGAAGGUAUAUUCACCUCCUCAAGAGAAUCUUCCACACACACUGAAAUCCUACAAAGAAAAUUUCCGAAUCUUCUAUCAUUCCAUCUAAAACCUUAAAAUCUCUACAGGACUACACAAAAAAUACUGCCAGGUUUAUAAAUGAUGAUUGCCUAUAAGGAUUUUUAUACCAAUCAAUCACUAUUAAUUUGUGCCAAAUUAGCAACCCAGUUCAGUUGUCAAAAAUCUAGCAAAUUAAAUCCACAUUGCUUUUGGUGUCAGAUUAUGCCUCUGUGCAUCUAAAAAUAUUUAAUACUCAAGUGUUCUCACAGAAAAAAAAAUGUAUCUACUUUCUUAUUAGGUUACUGAACUGCUUUAAUAUGCAUAUUAUGAUUUUUGUUAUUAGUGUGAAUUUUAACAUAGAGGAGAAUGCAGUGUGCUAAGUGAUAUGCCAGUGUUUCAUUACAUUCAUUUAUAGAAAAAAAAAAUCAUUCUUGAAAAUAUGAAUGCAUGAAAACCUAUUUUGUAAAAUGAACUGCUUAUGGGGGGGGGGGUUUGCCUUUGAAAAUGUUUCACUACUUACCAUAGAAUCUAUACUUAAAAAUUGCAUUCCCGACUCUCAUGUAGUUUUUGUACCUAACUUCCUGGUAUAUCAAGGGAGUAUACCUCUAGGGAGAGAGAAUCUGGUGAGAAUGUCUUACUUCCCUGACUUGGUAGGGGACUAAGCUUGGUUGAAAUUGCUGCAGUGUUUUGCACUACUUUAUUAACAAUGGACUGGGAUAGGGUGAAGGUGGGGGUCAUGCUGGAAAAAUGUAGAAAAGCCAGAAGCGAGAAAUAUAUAUUUCACUCUAUAGGAAGAUUCUUUAAAAAUAAAUUUAAUCUCAUCAAAGUUGAUUUUUAAAGUAUUUUUAUUUUAAAGCUAUGUUGUUAAAUACUGUUUCUUAUGAUAAAACUAUUUUGAUCUGUUUAUACACUAUGCUUGAAAGAAUGUCAAUUAAAUUCCCUUUCUACAGAAAGGCUUUGACCUCAAUAUGCUCUAUUUAGCGCAUCAUGUUUAUAAUGACAUGCUUAAAUCCGCAUACCAUCAUCGUUUAAGACAGACGUAAUACUUCAUGAAGUUGAUGUUGCUACAGGAAGUUUACUGAUGGAAUAAUUUGUUUCAAAUAACUUUUUUUUUUUUUU